UAUACCGCACAACUCGAUUUUUGCGGCUGUUUUAACUUACAAUUGUAGUACAAAACCAAGUAUUCAAACGCAAAAGUAUCCACCCAACAAUCAUCCACGAUGAAAGUGGCACUUAUGGUGGCGGAGAAGCCGUCGCUCGCCGCAUCGCUGGCGAACAUUUUGAGCAAUGGGAAGUGUUCGGUACGAAAAGGUUCUAAUAAUGCCUGCUCAGUACACGAAUGGGUGGGCCAGUUUAAAGGCGAAGUGACGCGCUUCAAGAUGACAUCCGUUUGCGGCCACAUCAUGGGGCUGGAGUUUGUGGGCAAGUACAACUCGUGGGACCGUGUCGAUCCGGCGGAACUGUUUGCUUGUCCGACGGAAAAGAAAGAGUCCACGCCCAACCUCCGGAUGCCCUACUUCCUGUCGCAGGAAGCUCGCGGUUGCGACUAUCUCAUCCUAUGGCUCGAUUGCGACAAGGAGGGUGAAAACAUUUGCUUCGAGGUGAUGGCGGCCGUAUCCGGCUCGAUCCACAACGUAUCUUCCAACCGCGUCACCUACCGCGCAAAGUUCUCCGCCAUCACGGAGAAGGACAUCAAGUAUGCGAUGGAUAACCUUAUCCAUCCGAACGAAAACGAAGCCAAGUCCGUCGAUGCCAGACAGGAGCUGGACUUGCGCAUCGGUUGCGCAUUUACGCGGUUUCAAACGCGAUUCUUCCAGGGCAAGUACGCCGAUCUCGACUCGUCCCUCAUAUCGUACGGUCCGUGCCAGACGCCAACCCUUGGCUUUUGUGUGCAGCGUCACGACGAGAUACAAACGUUCAAACCGGAGACGUUCUGGUACGUACAGGUGGCGGUGGGCGAGAAUCCGGAGGUGAAGCUCGAAUGGCACCGAGUAAGGGUGUUUGAAAAGGAGAUCGCCUGCAUAUACCUAAACAAGGUCAAGGAACACAAAGAAGCUGUUGUGGAAGCGGUCACUUCAAAGGAACAGGCUCGUACACGCCCACAGGCACUCAAUACGGUCGAACUGAUGCGAGCGGCAAGCUCUGGAUUAGGCAUCGGUCCACACACCGCAAUGCAGAUAGCGGAAAAACUCUACACACGCGGAUAUAUAAGCUACCCCCGAACGGAAACAACUCAAUAUCCUGCAAAUUUUGAUCUGAAUGGAGUCGUACGACUUCUACAACCUUCCAAUGAGUUUGGCGAGGAGGCGAAAGCAAUCGCCCGUGAUAUGAACAAUCCGCGGAAGGGCAAUGACGCCGGUGACCAUCCUCCCAUCACGCCGAUGAAGCUGGCCUUCCGCAACGAGUUGGAAAGCGACAGCUGGCGAGUGUACGAUUACAUCUGUCGACAUUUUCUCGGUACCAUCUCGCGUGACCUCAAGUAUCGGUCGCACACGACCAAGUUCCGCAUCGGUGGGGAACUGUUUACGGCCACCACCAGCGCACUGAUCGAUCCGGGUUUCACGAAGGUAAUGACGUGGCAAAGCUUCGGAAAGAACGAACUCGGCCACCAGUAUACGGUGGGGGACAAGGUGAAGAUUAACGAUAUUCGGCUGGUGGAAAGUCAAACCGGUCCGCCGGACUAUCUGACCGAGUCCGAGCUGAUUACGCUGAUGGAAAAACAUGGCAUCGGGACGGAUGCGUCGAUUCCGGUGCAUAUAAACAAUAUCUGCCAGCGAAAUUAUGUCGCCAUCGGGGGUGGACGUACCCUCACUCCGACCAAUCUUGGAAUUGUGCUUGUGCAUGGGUAUCAAAAGAUCGACCCCGAGCUUGUACUCCCAACGAUGCGCUCCGCUCUGGAACAACAGCUGAAUCUCAUCGCGCACGGUUCCGCCGACUACCGGUUGGUGUUAAAACACGCGGUCGAGAUUUUCCGCCUCAAGUUCCUCUACUUUGUGCAGAACAUCAGCAACAUGGACAUGCUGUUCGAAGCGACCUUCUCGUCGCUCUGCUCGUCCGGCAAGUCGCUGUCCCGGUGCGGCAAGUGCCGCCGCUACAUGAAGUACAUCCAGUCGAAACCGGCCCGGCUGCAUUGUUCGACGUGCGAUGAAACGUACACCCUGCCGGUGAAGGGUAUCAUACGGGUGUACCGGGAGCUCAAGUGUCCGUUGGAUGAUUUCGAGCUGGUCGCAUGGACGAACGGUGCGAAGGGUAAAUCGUUCCCGCUCUGCCCGUACUGCUACAACCAUCCGCCAUUCAGGGACAUGCCGAAGAACUCCGGCUGCAACAGCUGUCCCCAUCCAACCUGUGCCCACUCGCUCUCGACGCUGGGCGUUUCGAGCUGCUUCGAGUGUGACCGGGGUGUGCUGGUACUCGACUGCACGAUGGCACCGAAAACGUGGCGUUUGGUCUGCAACGGGCUGUGCGAUGUCAUCAUUAGUUGUUUCGACGACGCACUGAAGGUUACGGUAGAAGCCGACUCGUGUGAGGAAUGUGGAGCUCAACAGGUGACCGCCAUCUAUAAGCAGGAGAAAACACCCUUCCAGGGCGGUGUUACCGAGAAGAAGGGUUGCCUCUUCUGUUUCGCCGAUUUCGUUCCUUUGGUGGAAAAGCACAAAGCUGUCGAAAUGCGUCGCAAUCAAGCCGGUGGCCGUGGGCGUGGACGAGGGUUCCGCGGCCGGGGAGGUAAAGGAGGCCGUGGGCGUAACAAACAGCCUAAGGACAAGAUGGCUCAGCUGGCCGCCUAUUUCGUAUAGGGGGAUCGCAACACCCAGGUACACAACCGAAGCAUUCACUCGUGAGCGACAAACGAACGACUACUGCAUUUCCACUCAAUCAAUCCCUUUAUGUAUGAAAUCGUAUUGAAAACGUGAUUUUUGAAAUCACACUACUUCAAUAAAUUUUUUGUCAUUUGACUUUCAGUA